CGUCGGGCAUGAAAGGAGCAUAAUUUCAAGAAUAUAAGAUUUCUUGCGUUUUGUUUGUUUAUCGACGCAAGUUCGCCGUCCUUGUCCUGUUUUUUGGAUCUGGUUACCAUGAAGUUCAAUAGGGGUCGCCGCCGCCGUGAUUCGAAGAAAGCAGCUCGCAGUGAUGACAUGCUAGGCAAGCUGCCCAACGAUGACAUGCUAAGCAAGCUGCCCAAUGACGUGCUGCUCAACAUCCUCGAGAGGGUGGGCACGCUUGAUGCUGUCAAAACCUGCAUCCUCUCGAAGCAAAUGCAGAAGCUGCCCGGCAUGCUCUCCCAGAUUGUCAUCGAUCUCAGCCCUCGCGAUUUGGUGCGAAUGAACGGCGUUGUGGCCAACGUGACGGCAAACAUCCUUAGUAAAAGGUCUCCCCAGAUCACCGUUCGCAAGCUGAAGGUCAAAUUCUUCUUGAGUCCUCGCGGUCUCCCCAUCGGCAACGCUGUUGCGCUCGCUAUGGCGACUCAGAAACUAGAUGCCGCCGGGUUUGAAAUCUUGACACUGAGGGAUUCAUUUAAUUGCACAGGGGAACAUUUCCUGCUCUUCGCUAAGCAGUUCAAUGAUUUUCUAAAAGAUUGUCCAGAUGCAUUUGCUGGCCUCACACGGCUGCAACUGCAGAAUAUGAGGUUUGGUGAAUCGGACAUACCCAAUAUUCUUAGCACCUGCAAGCGGCUCCAGUCCCUGUCUUUCUUUGAGUGUGAUGCGGGGGUCCGUUCCGUGCUGCAUGUACAACACGCUCAACUUGUUGAGCUUGUUAUCACCUAUGGGGAGUUUAAAACAGUGGUGCUUGACUUUCUACCAAAGCUCCAGCAGAUGACCUACAAUAAUUGGCCUUGUGAUGAAAAUCCCUUGGUUCUUGGCACUGUCCCUCAGCUUUGGAAGCUCAGUCUUGCUAAUGCAAAUAUUUCAGGCAAGACCCUCAACCUAAGCAAGCUGCUUGCUAAUGCCCCCACUGUAAGCCAUCUGUAUCUGGAGUUUCGAAGUGAAAAGAUUUGGGUUCAACCAGAACGCUCAAAAGUGCUUGCUCCUGUGCUCGCCAAACUGCGGCUUGUGGAUUUGGACAAUCUUCCUGAAGAAUGUGAUGUUGCUUGGACAAUGUUCCUUCUUGAAGCUGCACCAUACCUAGAGGAGCUUUCCAUCGCAGUAUGGGAUCAUAAGUGCCAAAAGGAGUCACAAAAGAGUCACAUGAAAACGGAUGUGAAGUGGGAACCAUCUGAUCCUCAUUUUAAGCAGAAGAAUCUGGCAAGGCUAACUAUCUACGGCUUCCAGUCCGAUGACAAUUUCAUCGGAUACGUUAGACGCGUCAUUCAAGCUGCGGCGAACAUCAGGGAGGUAUCCCUGCACGCCAGGAAGGUGUGCCCAUUGUGUUUCGAAAAGUUUCCUCAGGCGGCGGUUCGUCCUUCGAGUUAUCCACGGACCAGCGAGGAGUUUGGUUUGUUGAGGGAGAAGAUGACAGCAGCGUCGGCUACGGCUUCUCCUAUUAUUCACUUCCGCUCAUUAGGUUGAGUGGAAGAUGAACCU